AGGAGGAGCUUGCUGCCAUCAUAUAGGUGCCAGAGGUGUUUCACUCCAACGAGAACGGGGAGAAAGAGGGAGGUGCUAGUAGAGCGUAUUGGCUGCAGCCAAGCAGGAAACGCGAGUCAGGUGACGGCUUACCUGGUCCAGUCCAGACACAACGAGUCUCACAGUCUGUUGGAGUGGAUGGUCUGGCUCGAAACAACGACCCACUCGCCCCCAUCGCUACUUAACUUUUUUCAUUACGCAUUGAUACACCACACCCGUGUUGUUGUGUACUUGCGAGUUGCACGGCCAAUCGAACCCAAAAACAAUUCCCGUCACCAUUUCCCACCACCCGCAAAAGUGACAGCCGAAAAUAGGUGUUUUAUUAGCAGACGACGAAAUUUCGAGUGCUUCAAAUUUCUGCCAGUUCUAAUUGGGUGUGAUUAUGUGCAUCGUUUUCAACUGUUGAUUCAAUUUUUUUAAAAAUAAAAAAAUAUGUCGGCGAAUCGAGACGAUUCAAUGUUUGACGACGAGUUUGCCAAUCGGGACUAGAUCUGUCGGGACAUGGAGCCUGCUGCUCAAUUCGUGUCGUCGCCAAUCGCUACCGAGGACGAACCGCCAAGUGGUGACAUAUUUGCUGAUGACCAGUCGUACGUGAAAGCGUUUUGUCGAGCGUGCAGGUGACUUUGCUUUUUUUGUCAGAAAAAAACCCCCCAAAGUGUCACCCAUUCAUACUUGGAGUGUGUGCUGCUAUAGAUGUUAUAUAGUGCUCUACCGGUUAUUCCGUCGGCAUUCAACAGCUAGCUGCAUGACCUCGUGAAAAAAUCCCAUCAAGUCUUUUUUUUGUUAUUUCCCCCCAGAAAAGUGUUUACCAGAACUCGAGUGUGCUGUCCUUGAAUCACGAAAUUGAAUUCAAAAGAAAUUUUAAACUUCAAAUUAAAAACAAACAAAAAAACUUGAAAAUUUCUGAUUGUUAUUAUGUGCUUCAAUUACAAAUGGUUCGAGAACAUGUACUUGAGCAAAUGCUCUCACUGCAGUAUUUGACCACCAGUUUGAGAAUGCGCAGGACUAGCUCUUUCUUCGACAUGGAGCCUUCGUUUUCCGUCCAGUCCUUGUCGCGAGACGCUUCCGCUUUGGAGGGCGGCGGAAUAGUGUGCGGCGGCGGCGGUCAAUCCGGCCAGCAGCAGCCGCAAGCUGCUGGCUUCUUCCCCCAUCGGGCCUCCAGGUGGCUUUGUUUUCUUACCACCUGCCUGGCCUUUAUCCUGGGCGUUGGAGUCGGUAUCGCCGUGCCGAUGCUCUACGCCUCAUCUCCCAUUGAAAUCAACGGCAACAACUCACGAACGGCUGCCGCCGCCCCCUGGGCCGUCGUUCAAGACCCGUCAAGUGUCGUCCAUCUGCCUCUCGACUUGACGUCCAGCGGCAGCAACGCAAGUGUCUCCAACAUUCCGGCCCGUACGUCGGCCAGGAUGAAAGCCUACUUGCGCAAGAAGGAGAAAGAAAUGCAGUUGACGAAGAAUCAAAGGUCCUCCUCUGACGACGACAAUGUCGUCAGCUUCGUUCAGACAUCCGGGAUGGCUGAAAACAAAAGUCAAGAGGAGGCGACCAUUGUGACUGGCCAAGCUGUCAAUGGCAUCUACUGGUCGCAAGCCGUGGAAGACAUUCUGCCAACAGGUUUCGACGAGUCAAACGCCAAAGAAUGGAACGACUUUAGCCACCAGACGCCCAUUGUGCGCGUCGAGGAAGGUUGCGGCCGGAUGCAAAAUCGUCUCAUCACCUUCGAGAGUGGCCGGCAGUCGUGCUGUCGCUACCGUCAAAACUACGACCAGAUCCAGGGUGAAAUUUUCAGUUUCUACCUGAGCCGGUUGCUCGGCUUACGCAACUUACCACCGUCGUCACUGGGCUUGGUCCGCCCACAAGAUCGCCAAUGGAUUAAUGUCCAGUCGUCGUUGAAUCAGGCCCAGUGGACGGAGGACCGGCCGGUGGUCUACACUCAGUUCCUCAACGACUUGGAGCCGUCCUACAUUCCCGUCCAGUUCCGCGGGCGCGAUCGUCACCUGAAUCCGUCGGACGUGCAGCGCCACAAUCUCCAGGAGACGGCCGGUCGUGACGAGCUGUUGACGCUGGCCCAGUGGUCUGAUCUUUUGGUUCUCGACUACCUGACGGCCAACCUGGACAGGAUGGUCAACAACCUGUACAACAUGCAGUGGAAUCCGGCCAUGAUGGACUCGCCGGCUCACAAUCUGGCACGUGAUUCCAAAACGGGUUUGCUCGUCUUCCUGGACAACGAAAGUGGACUCCUGCACGGCUACCGUCUCCUGGACAAGUACGAAAUGUACCACAAAAGCCUCCUGGAUUCGCUCUGCGUUUUCCGGCGGACGACCGUCGACGCUCUGCGCCAGUUGCAGUCGCAAAAGAAUGUCGGCAAGUUGCUCCGCCACAUGUUCGAAACUCGUGACCAGUCACUCGUCGAUUUCUUACCUUUUCUGCCGGAGAAGAGCAUCAAGACACUCAACUACAGGAUCGAUCAAGUCUUGGAGCAAGUGACCAAAUGCCAAUCGCUUUACGGUGCUUAAAAGUCUAUUAACUGUAUACUUAUAUAAUCAACUGCAAAUCUUUGUACAAUAUCGAAAUGUCAUUUGCUCGCUUUAGCUAUACAUUCUUCUCGUUUCCUAUACAUAGACUUCUAGGCCUAUAUCUCUACUGAAAUGCUGGGCAGUUAAACCCCUAACCAAAAGGCAAAAAUAAUUAACCAAUUAAAGCCAAACCCAAAACCAGAAAAAAAAGGAAAACAAUCUUUUUUGCCUAGCGCUUUUUUAAAUAUUUUCCAAGCCGACUCCUAUAGCUCUUAUCGAUUCGUAUUAGAGAUAUAGGGGCUUGGAGAUGUGUACAGUAAGAUGCCAAUGUGUAUAAUCAUCUCGAUCUUGUCGCCUUGUUAAGAGACUUUGUUCCCCAACAAAAAAACAAAACAAAAAAGAAUUUUCCUAUACAUUUUCAAUUUCGAAAUGGAAUCAUAAAUCAUCAGCUAGUAGUUGAUUGAGGACAGUAGGAGUGCGACAGGUAUAUACGGCUAUAUAUACGAGCUAUAGGAGAGAAGAAUAAAAGCCAGGAAUGUGAUUAAACUGUACCAAUACCAUAUUCACAAUCGGAAAGUCAGGAAGUUUAAGGAGAGACUCCAUUUCACCUUAAAGAAGUAAAUGGCAUUUUAUGACAUCUCCCCAAGGCCUUCUUUAUACUCCCUGCUCUCCAAUUUUCUCCAACCCACCCACGAAAAAGAAAAAAGAAACGAAAAAAACCAUCUUCAGCAGUCUGAAAAUUUUUAUGACGGGCUGCUAGACAGAGAGGGGAGAUAUUUUGAACCGAGAACUUUUGAAGAUGGUACGAAUGUCAACUAGAAAAAUAUUUCUUGACGAUCUGUGACUCGCUAUCUGUACAGCAUUUUCCUUUCUCAAUACUUAAAAGAAAAAAAAAAGGCCUUUAAAGUGACCAAUCGCAAUAAUUUCCGUUGGACUCUUUCUGACUGCGUUCGAUUCAAAUCAGUGAUGAAUUGGUGCUACUUUUAAAACAAUUCGACCUCCUUGAAUAUCGGCGCUCUCGAAAAAAAAAAGUUUUCCCAUAGAAAUCUAAAUUUCCAAUAAUGAAGCGCGCGAAAUAGAAUCAUUUCGUUGCGAUAAUAACCUUGUGGAAAGGCAAAGACAUAUAAACGAUAUGCUUUAUAGACUGACAUUAAAACGCAGCACGGCUCUCUUCAACUCCACCUGAAAUCAAGUAGUGCACCAGCAGCCCCUAUCGCUUCUUCUAAUAUUCUACUCUCUUUUUGUUUUUACUACAGUCUCAAUGUCAACAAGCGUGCGUGUAUUCUUCUCUGAGCCAGCAAUUUGAUAACUGUAGCCUUUGGUCGAUAUGUACUAUGUGCUAAUUGUCCCCAAUUAUAUUCCUCCUCAAGUUUUUUUUUUUUUUCAGCGUGCUAAAAUCUCGAUUGUAUAUUGUAACAUAUCAGCAACUGGACUUCUGAGUUCCAGAAUUCCAACUUUGGCAUGCGGGAGAAUGUAAUAUCUGUAAAUGACUGUAUAUAAUUUGUUAAAUCGGAUAAUAAAUAAUACUGGAUGUUCAA